AUGGGGGAACUGUUCAGGAGCGAGGAGAUGACCCUGGCCCAGCUCUUUCUCCAGUCAGAGGCAGCCUACUGCUGCGUCAGUGAGCUGGGAGAACUGGGCAUGGUCCAGUUUAGAGACCUGAAUCCAGACGUAAACGUGUUCCAGCGCAAGUUUGUGAAUGAAGUGAGGAGAUGUGAGGAGAUGGACAGGAAACUGAGGUUUGUGGAGAAGGAGAUCAAGAAAGCUAGUAUCCCAACUGUGGACACGGGAGAAAAUCCAGAGGUGCCUUUUCCCAGGGACAUGAUUGAUCUAGAGGCCACCUUUGAGAAGCUGGAGAACGAACUGAAGGAAAUCAACACCAACCAGGAAGCCCUGAAGAAGAAUUUCCUGGAGCUGACGGAGCUCAAACACAUCCUCCGUCGGACGCAGCAGUUCUUUGAUGAGAUGGAGGAUCCCAACCUGCUGGAGGAGUCAUCAGCCCUGAUGGAGGGCAGUGAGGGGGGCCGCGGGGCCCCGCUCAGACUGGGGUUUGUGGCAGGAGUGAUCAGCAGGGAGAGGAUUCCAACCUUUGAGAGGAUGCUGUGGAGAGUGUGUCGCGGUAACGUCUUCUUAAGGAAGGCAGAGAUUGAGGACCCUCUGGAGGACCCCGCCACGGGAGACCAGGUCCACAAAUCAGUGUUCAUUAUCUUCUUCCAAGGUGACCAGCUGAAGAACAGGGUGAAGAAGAUCUGUGAGGGGUUCCGGGCCUCACUCUACCCGUGUCCAGAGACUCCACAGGAGAGGAAGGAGAUGCUGGCUGGAGUCAACAGUCGCAUCGACGACCUCCAGAUGGUGCUGAACCAAACGGAGGACCACCGUCAGCGAGUGCUGCAGGCUGCCUCCAAGACCAUGCGGGUGUGGUUCAUCAAGGUGAGGAAGAUGAAGGCCAUCUACCACACGCUCAACCUGUGCAACAUCGAUGUCACCCAGAAGUGUCUGAUCGCUGAGGUGUGGUGUCCCGUCUCGGACCUGGACUCCAUCCAGUUUGCUCUGCGCAGAGGGACGGAGAGAAGUGGCUCGACAGUGCCGUCCAUUCUCAACAGGAUGCAGACCAAGCAAACUCCACCUACCUUCAAUAAGACCAACAAGUUCACGUCGGGCUUCCAGAACAUCGUCGACGCCUACGGAAUCGGGAACUACCGGGAAAUCAAUCCAGCUCCCUACACCAUCAUUACUUUCCCCUUCCUGUUUGCGGUGAUGUUUGGCGACAUGGGUCACGGCGCGCUUAUGACCUGCGCCGCCCUCUACCUGGUCAUCCGAGAGAGUCGCCUCGUCGCCCAGAAGAGUGACAACGAGAUGUUCAACAUGGUGUUUGCUGGUCGCUACAUCAUCCUGCUGAUGGGGGUUUUCUCCAUGUACACCGGAAUCAUUUACAACGACUGCUUCUCAAAGUCACUCAACAUGUUCGGCUCUGGAUGGAGCGUCAGGCCCAUGUUCGGCCCAAAAGGAGCCAACUGGUCGUUCGAGACACUUGAUGGAAAUGGAGUUCUACAGUUAGACCCAGCUGUUCCUGGUGUGUUCGGUGGGCCUUAUCCACUUGGAAUUGACCCGAUCUGGAAUGUUGCCACCAACAAGCUGACCUUCCUCAACUCAUUCAAGAUGAAGAUGUCUGUGAUCCUGGGCGUCGUCCACAUGCUGUUUGGAGUGUCUCUCAGUCUCUUAAACCACCUGUACUUCAAGAAGCCGCUGAACAUCUUCCUGGGCUUCAUCCCAGAGAUAGUCUUCAUGUCCACUCUGUUCGGCUACCUCGUCCUGCUGGUCUUCUACAAGUGGACGGCCUACGACGCCUUCACCUCCAAGGACGCGCCCAGCCUGCUCAUCCACUUCAUCAACAUGUGUCUCUUCAACUACAACGACCCCACAAACAAGCCCCUCUACAGGGGACAGAUGGGGAUCCAGAUUUUGUUGGUGCUGAUUGCCCUUGCAUGUGUACCCUGUAUGCUGAUUGUGAAAACUUUGGUGCUUCGGCGUCAGCACCUGUGGAAAAAGCACCUGUCCCAGAAGAGGGAAGAAACCCCCGCAGAGAAUCUAGAGCAGACUUUAGAGCAAACAGGCGUGUCCUCAUCAUGCACCGGACUCACCCAACAGGGCACGCAGAAGUUCGGAGGGGUGCGGGUGGGCAACGGGCCCACGGAGGACGAGGCUGGCAUCAUGGACCAUGACCACCUCUCGCAGCACUCAGAGGAAGGAGAUGAGCACCCAGAGGAAGAGCCGUUUGACUUUGGUGACGUAGCUGUCCACCAGGCCAUCCACACCAUAGAGUACUGUCUGGGAUGCAUCUCCAACACAGCCUCCUACCUGCGCCUCUGGGCCCUCAGCCUGGCUCAUGCACAGUUGUCCGAGGUGCUCUGGACCAUGGUGAUGCACCUGGGUCUGUCCUCUCGGAGCGGGGCCGGGUUCUUCGCCCUGUCUAUCAUCUUCUCGGCCUUUGCCACCCUCACUGUUGCCAUCCUGCUCAUCAUGGAGGGGCUGUCGGCUUUCCUGCACGCCCUGCGUCUGCACUGGGUGGAGUUCCAGAACAAGUUCUACUGCGGCCAGGGCUUCAAGUUUUUCCCCUUCUCAUUCGAGAGCAUCCUGGAGGGACGAUUUGACGAGUGAUCUGGCCUCCGAGUCCCGAGCCCUCCCUCCUCUCCUCUGUGUAUGUGUUCGUGUGUGUGCAUGAGCCCAAGUGCAGCCUUCUGUCACCCUCUAGUGGUCAUUUGUGAAACUUUUAUUGUGUAUGAGCUAUAAUGUGGUCAUUGUAAAGGGUUUUUCCAGUGCACGCGUGCCAAGCUGUACCCAUACUGGAACUUCUAUUGCUGUGGCACAGAACCAUCACUGUACUCAGCACUCAGCAUGUUCACCUCUGCUGUAACAACAUCUCCUCUGCCAGCUUUCCUUCAGAGAUAUCCAUUACCGAACACAUUUGGCCAGGUCUGAUGUGUUCUUGUAGACAAAUCUGGAGGACAAGUCGCCGUUACUGCGAAAAAACAUAAAUCAGCUGCCGGAUUUGUCUACACCCCUAAACCUUUGCAUUUUGGUGUCAUGUCGUCUCCUAACAGACAGUUUUGUUGGAGGAAGACUGAGAAGCAGCUUUUUUAUCAGUGUGGUUUGGUGGCGUCUGGUCAGACAAACUGAACAAGAGUUGAGAUAAACUACUUCAAACCUGUGUUCUGUGAAGGUACCUUACGUUAAUGUACAGCUUGGAAUAGUUAGGCAGUGGAAAAACCUUCAAAGAGUCAUGAAACGGAGGGUAAGACCAGCUGUCGUCUUACUCCCGUGUAAUCAGAGCAUCUACACACAACCGUUGUAGAAAUCCCGUGUUUAGUAUUUGACGUUUUGCUGCACCUCUGUCGCUCCAUCCCAAAAGAAUCAAGAAAAUCAUCAAGACAGUGCAAGAUAAUAACAAUACUGAGACAGAAAAGAACUUUUCUAUAAUACAUUUCAUAGGUAAACACAGUAUUAAAGGCCAAGUCAUGUUCAUCGGUGAAAUCUCUGAUUGUGGUGCCAUCGCUAAAUUAAGGGGCCUGAAACACGAGCAGUCAGAUGGAAUGUAUUUAGAAGACACGUUUACACACCAACUUCCUGCUUCUGCUUUGACUUCUCAUACAGUGUCCCAGUCAGAUCUCAGCGACUAAAAUUAAUUCGUAACAAACUGGAAUCAUCCUUUAACUGUUGGUUAUUAAGUGUAGUUUUUGCCAUGAAAUGACAUAAUGUGGAGUUGUAAUGACUCAACAUUUGGCUUUAUUUGUAAUAUGACUUAAAGGUCCCAUAUUGUAAAAA